UUCAUCCAAGUUUGUCCAUGGGUAAUUUGGUCAUACAAAAAUAAUGAUGAUCAAAGAUCUCAAAAACACAGAUCUUUAGAGCAAACACUCUGAGCUGAGCUUCAACACCUUCACCCGUCGCUCUCAGGGAAUCAGAAAACGAAAAGAAACCCCUUUCUUGGGAUGGAUUAACCCUCUAUUUAUCAUCAUCACACCAAUCUUAUUAGAAGAGUGAAUCAAUUAACCUAAAAAAUCCUAACCUUUUUUUUUCUUCUUCUUCAUGAGUGAUUCUUUCUGUAUUCACCGAAUUUCACAUUUUUAUUUGAUGUAAUUACAAAACCCAAAUCAUCAAAAACUCAUCUUGGCUUUGAUUUUUCAGUUAAUUUUGAGAAUUUUAGGUGCUAGUGGUAGUGGGGAUUAGGGUUUAACCCCCAGACAUUUUGCCGAAAAAAGUAUAGAUUUCUAUUCAGGUGCCUGAUGGGUAUGAAGCAUUCUGAUUUUGCUGGGUUUUUUCCUAAUGAGAUAUAAUAUGAGUGCGUUUCAACCAUUAAUUCGAAGAGGGAGUGCAAAAAUAAUCAAGGAUGACGCUGUUUCUAAUCAUGUCGUAGCAGAAGCAACAAAGAUUGCUGCGACUUACCAGUCUCACAACAUAGAUAAAGUGGUAGCUCCGGAGCCAGUUACAGCAACUACGGGCGCAGAGUCGAAGUUGAGUUCUUUGUCAUCCUGUGAUACAAAGGGUUGUGGAAAACUCCUGGAAUGUUGCGUUAGAGACAUACUGAAAGUUAUCAAACCAUUAGGUGGAGAUUUGACAGCUCGAUACACCAUCAUCAAUGACUUACGGACCGUUGUCGGAUCUAUCGAUGGUUUAAAAGGUGCAACAGUUGAGCCAUUUGGAUCAUUUGUGUCCAAUCUCUACACUAGAUGGGGAGAUUUGGACAUAUCUAUCGAAGUACCCUGUGAUUCACUUGUUUCAUCGACUGACAAAACAAAUAAGCAGAACUUUCUGAGGGAGAUUAGGAAAGUCUUGGGGAGGAGAGGUUUGGUUCGUGAUUUGCGACUUCUUCUUCAUGCAAGAGUCCCCGUUCUGAUAUUUGAGAGCAACCUCCACAAUAUCUCUUGUGAUAUUUCAAUCAGUAAUCUGUUGUGCCAAAUGAAAUCCAAAUUAUUUUUCUGGAUUACGGGGAUAGAUGAGCGCUUCCGAGAUAUGGUUUUACUGAUCAAGGAGUGGGCAAAGUCGCAACAAAUCAAUGACCCAAAAAAUGGAACACUGAACUCACAUUCUCUUUGUUUGCUCGUCAUUUUCCAUUUUCAGACAUGCGAACCUCCAAUUUUACCUCCACUAAGGGAAAUUUAUGAGGGGAAUAUUGCGGACAAUCUUACAGGUGCAAGGGUCAUCGCAGAAAGCGCUAUCCAAGACACGUGUUCUGCUAACAUAGAAAGGUUCAAAACAAAUAGUUUCAGAGAUGUAAAUAAAAGCUCCCUGUCUGAGCUUGUCGUAUCAUUUUUUCGGAAGUAUUCUAAUCUAAACAUGCUGGCAUCAGAGUAUGCAAUUUGCACUUACACGGGGCGAUGGGAACACAGAAGUAACAGUACUAAGUGGACAAACGACUAUCCUCUAUUUAUCGAAGAUCCAUUUGAGCACGCGGAUAAUACAGCAAGGACUGUUUCCAUGAGUGAACUAAGCAGGAUAUGUGAAGUAUUCGAUGAGUCUUAUCAAGGACUUGUUUCCUCUAAUCAUGAUAGAACCUCUCUGAUCUGCAGUCUAGUCAGACACCCAAUCAGCACAAAGGUUAUUUCGCCCCAUAGUAAUCCAGGACUUUUCAGUGGAGCUUCUACAAGAUACCGUCCAGGACUGUUCAGGGGAGAAGGUACAAAACACCGUCCCGUAUCAGGACUGUUCAGGGGAGAUGGUACAAAAUACCGUCCGCUAUCAGAUGCACCGCCUUCUCCUCAGAAUCAGUUUAACAAUAUGGAAACUGAAAGUGAUGAAGCCACAAUUGUCGCUAUCCGCAGAGAGUUAGCACAACUCAUGCUCAAAGCCAACACCAGAAACAGGCCUAAGUCUGUCAGAUGAUGAAAAGCAUUCCAGGUGAUGCAGAGUUUGCCUUGUGGUAUUGACAGGAGUUGGUGAAUUCUGAGCAUGUUUGCCGAGUUAUACGGCUAUGAUGAAUUAAUUCUGCAGCAGGGAUAUCUUCCCUUUGCUUAAAUCAGUUAAUGCUAAAACACUUGGCCAAAGUAAAUCAAAAUACAGAUCUUUCAUUGA